AUGCCAUCUAGGAAUAAGCUGAGAAAGUCCAGCAGUGCCACAAUUACAUCAUCGGAGUGUUCGAAGGAGUUGCGUGAUCUACCGGAAAAGGACUACCAUCAGCUUCUGGCUUCAGUGGCUGGAUUACCAAAAAAGAUUUUGGCAUCGGAAUCGGGAGGAGUAUCGCCCGGAGCAGGAGCUGAUGUGGUAACUUGUGGACGCGAACAAGAAAAGUUGACUCCUGCAGCUCAGUCAUGUCUGGAGAAGUUGGUAGGCGAAAUAAAGGCCAACAACAGUUACAUGGACUAUAAAAUUGGAAAGUGUACAACAUUUGAUGAUUCGUUUAUGACAAGGAGGAUAGAGGCAUUCUCGGCUUUCACUUCUACCAAAAGAAAACCAGUUCGGUACGAAAAAGAAGAUAUGAAGUAUAUAGAUGAAGACAACGACGUGGAGAUGAUGGAUUUGAGUGGAACUAACGCUACUACACUAACGUUUACUCGCGGAAAUCACGAACAAACUGCAACUGAGUACACAGACGAUGACAUAGAAGGCGGUGCUUCUAAGUGUCUUGAGAGUCCUAGACAUGGUUUCUUCGAUGAUUGGAACGAGAAGAGCCUGCUCCGCAACGGUCGUCUCCUCACUCGAGCCCAGACAAUUCUUGGCCCACGUAAGUUCUUUCGAAGACUGCAGAGAUUCCUUGAUGGUAAAGACUGUUGCCAGUGGAGUUAA